GCCACUUGCCACCAGCAACUCACAACACCUGUGGUGAGCACAUGAGAGCUGACGCAACGCCAUGACGCAGCGCCACGACCUCCUUCUCGGAUCCUUCAUCGGUGAUGUGUAGAAUCGCUAGAGCUGAUGGAGGACCAGGAAGAACGCGCGGCUGCCCCAAGGAGGAGGAACAAGCUCUUGAGCGUUUGUUCCUUCAUCCUGGUGGUCGAGAUGUGCGAACGUCUUUGCUAUUACACCCUGCAAGGCUCCCAGCGGAACUACUUGGAGGACUCAGGCCGAGGAGGAGCCACCCGUGGAAUGCAGGCGUCAGUGGCAUUCUCCGUCUCAGCUUGUUGGAGCAUGGUAUCCUACAUGUCCUGCAUGCUGGGAGGCUAUCUCGCUGACAACCGCCUGGGUCGCUACAGGACGAUCCUUUACUUCGCCGUGGUCUACCUGCUGGGUGUGGCGCUAGUGGCGCUGGCAGCAGUGCCCAGCAUCAUGGCCUCGGCUGGGGGUGUGCCGCUCUACCUGCUGGGGGCCUUUGUGUUUGUGGCCUUGGGUACUGGAGCGAUCAAGCCCAACGUGAUGAACUUCGGGGCGGAUCAGUACGACACCGAGGAUGCAGAAGAGCUGGUGCAGCAAAAGGCCUUCUUUUCCUAUUUCUAUUUGACCAUCAACAUCGGUAGACCAAUGUCGCACCCCAACGGCGCCAACGGCUUCGCCCUUCACCCAGGAGUGGUCUUUGCGAUGGGCUUCACUGUGAACUUGGCCACCAGCGGGUCAUCUGAGGCCUCGGCUGGCACAGGAUAUUUGAAAGCCUAUUGCAUCGCUGCUGGCGCCAUGCUCAUAGCCCUUCUUUGCUUCGCACUGGGCACGCCCAGGUACGUGGCCAAGGGCCGUGUGGCUCGACGGCCGAUGCUGAGAGUCCUAGCCGCCCAUCUCCGUCGUGCCGCCCAACGCCACGGAAAAGGGAAGCUUUGCGUGCUGGCAUGGAUGUUGAUCCCAAUCUACAUGAUCAUCGUCUUGUGCGGCUCCCUCUUGGGAUCUUUCCCCAGGAUCUCUCAGAGCAUGACCUGGCUUGCCAUGGUCUUGGCCUUGCUCUCCUGUAGCCUCUUGGUGCUCCUACACCGGCGGAAUGACUUCGUAGAGGCUCCAGAUGGCUUCCUAGAGGAUUCGGGUGCCUCCGCUGAUGCGUCACCUGCUGCGAUCAGCACAGCGGAUGUGCGAGGGGCCUUGGACUGUGUGCCCACAAUCAUUUGCAUCAAUGUUGGCUUCAACAUCCUGUACAACGCGAUGAACAACGCCUACCCAGCUCAGGCAUGUCAGAUGGACACCCGUUUGUUUGGCGAGCAGCUCAAUGGAAGCUUCUUCAGCUUAGGCGACGCCUUUGGCAUUAUUUUGUUGGUGCCACUCUACGAGAAAGUGAUCUUCCCAGCGAUCUACCGCUACAGGGGCUACCACCUCAAUCGCUCAACCAAAUACGUCUUGGGUUUCUUCUGUGCUACGCUGGCGAACUUGAGCGCUGCUCUGCUGGAACACCUGCGCCGUUCAAGUUCGACGGGUGUGUCUCCAGACUUUGUCCCAUGCCCUGAGGAGUUGUUGUUCACGAGCAGCUGCUCCAAUGGUUUCUUGCUCUCCAAGUGCUCUCCGGGCGCCAGUCUCCCGAUGACGCGCAUGUCUGCAUUUUGGAUGGCGAUCCCCAUGUUCCUGACUGGUGCCGGUGAGAUUUUAGUCAACCCAGUGGUGUACCAAUACGUCUUUGAGGAGGCACCUCCACCGCUCCGUUCCAUCUUACAGGCCCUCAAUUUGGUGGCCGCAGGAUCCAUCAGCAAUGCCAUGACGGCGGCCCUGAGCCCUUUGGUCCCAGAGAACCUCAACGAAGGGCACUUGGUGUACUUUUACUACGUCAACUGUUUGCUUGCACUGGUUGCACUGGUGGUCUUCCUCUACCUUCCUGAGCAUGGAUUGAGUCGCCCUCCAGAACUGGGGCUUCGCACGUCGCUGCUGGCGACGCAGGACCGUAGCGCGAGCCUUUUGGGCUCUGUCCAAAUCAGCUGAGCCGUCCCGACGGCGACCGGACGCGAGGGACGGGUCCAGGACGCGCUCCGGACGGUCCAAAAGGAUGGGUGUGGCGUGGGGACGG